GAGAUGUGGCUCAUUUUAACCAUUUCUUUCGCUGUUUUGGUUUCCUGAACUACUCGUAUCCUUUGUAUAUGAAGUCUUAUUCAGUAAGAAACUGAAACUUUUUAACAAAUGCAGCAUAUUAAAUGUAGAUUAAUAAGCAUGAGAUAAAAACACUGAAGCAAGAUCAAUACUUAUACAAUACAUAAGAAGAUGCUCUGGUCUGACAGAGUGAUUACAUAUUUAAAGUUCCCGCCCCUUUGUUCUCCUCUUAUCUCUCAGUUUUCUCUCCCCUCCAUAAAAGCAGGCUGUGGGAGAUUUUGCUGUCUUCCUACUGUAGCCAUGAAUGCCACAGCUCCUCUGCUGCUGCUGCUCCUCACGGCCUGUGUGGCCAGUGGUGCUCUGCUGCCAAAGGCCUUAUGGCAGUUUGGGAGCAUGAUUACCUGUGCCCAGCCUGGUGUUAACCCUCUGAAGUACAACGAGUACGGCUGCUGGUGUGGCUUUGGGGGAUCGGGAGCCCCUCUAGAUGAUCUGGACAGGUGCUGUCAUGUUCACGACAAAUGCUACGAAGCAAGCAGAAAGAUUCCUGGAUGCACGGCUGUUGCUGACCUUCCUUAUGUUAUUGUUUAUGACUACAAAUGCUCAAAUAAACAAGUGACCUGCUCAGAUACCAACAACAAGUGCCAGGCUGCUNGUUUGACACCGUGUAGUUCCUGA